AUGCAAGAAAAAAGUCCACUCUACCCUACCGACGCAAAGGAGGUCGAAUACCUCAAGCACAGUCCCUCCGUACAAGACGACCACAAAAUAGAUCUUGAGAGCUCGCUAUUGAGCCAACAAAUCCCGAAGCUAUCGACAGAUACCGCCGACUAUCGGGAGAAGAAGCGCCUGGCAGGUCUAAUUUCCCAUGCCGUGCUACGUAUGCUGCAAUGCAUAUUCGCCGUAGUCGUGGCGAUCCUGUACGGACUUGACCUUGCCCAAGCGACAAAAGACAAUGCAAGGGCAGACGCGUCUUGGGUCUACGCCGAGCUUGUAGCCGGAGUGUCCAUGAUCAUCUGUAUCAUGCAACUGUUCUUCAUGACGGCUGUGUGGUACUGGGGCUUGUUGGAUGCUCUGGUCUCUGUUCUAUGGCUGGCGCAGUUUGGGGUGUUUGCUUCGAUUUAUCUAGACGCGGAGGGAGAUGAAGCAUUUGCGCCAGCUUCACACGGCAGGAUGCAGGCGGCUGUCUGGGUCAAUCUCAUCAGCGUUCUUCUGUGGUUCGCGACAACACUAUAUGGUAUUAUAGGGUGCUGCGCUCGUUUCAGGAAAUCACGACAGAAGGGCAAAUCUGUCGAGAUGAGUUUGGUGAGCGAGAGCUAG